CCACUUCUCGGUUUCUUUUUUCAAAAACUCAAAAUUUAUUUUUUUCCGUUUUGGAAUUUUACGUUUAAAAUAAAACAUAUUAAUCUGAUCUGAUUAUUCGUGCUAGUUUUAGAGAUUCCUCCUUUCUUGGGAAAUGGAGAACCAACCUUUAAUCAGUCCUCCUCAAUCACGCUACCCCCUCCACCCCAUCCCGGAAAACCCCUCCUCCUCCACCGUCUCCACCGCCGUCACAAUCCCUCACUCAAUCUCAACCGCAUCUUUCUUCCCAGAAACCAUCCAACCACACCACCACCACCACGACCUCGAAAAAUCCGAACUCGACGACAACAACGACUCCUAUUUCAACAACCCUCGUCCACUCCACCGAUGCCGCACAGCACCAGCCAUGGUCAUCAUCAAAGACCUCAUCCCCAAAUCCUCCUCCUCAGACUCCAAAAAGCCAUCGCCAAUCUCCAAAUCAUUCAUCAAACAAGCCAUCCUCCUCCUCAUCGUCUACUUAACCUUAGGCGUCUCAAUCUACUCCUUCAACAGAGACCACUACUCGGGAAUCGAAACCCACCCCGUCGUCGACGCGCUCUACUUCUGCAUCGUCACUAUGUGCACGAUCGGCUACGGAGACAUCGCUCCGUUGACUCCCUGGACCAAGCUCUUCGCUGUCGUCUUCGUCUUGUUCGGCUUCGGCUUCCUCGAUAUCUUGCUUAGUGGCGUCGUCAACUACGUUCUUGAUCUCCAAGAAAGCAUGAUCCUCACCGGAAUACAAAUGGGCUCCUCCUCGAGAGGAGGGCAUCACCAUCGGUUCUCUGCUAAAGACUAUAUAAUCGAUUUCGAGAAAGGGAGGAUGAGGAUAAGGAUGAAAGUGUUUCUGGCGCUGUGCGUCGUCGUUUUGUGUAUCGGGGUCGGUGCGUUGGUUCUGCAUUUCGUCGAGGAGCUCGAUCUCGUUGACUCGGUUUACUUGUCGGUUAUGUCGGUCACCACGGUCGGGUACGGUGACCGGGCGUUCAAGACGCUCCAGGGGAGGCUUUUCGCCGCGGCGUGGCUGCUCGUGUCGACGCUCGCGGUGGCGCGUGCGUUUCUGUAUCUGGCGGAGGCGAGGAUCGAUCGAAGGCAUCGGAGGGCUGUUAAGUCGGCGUUGACUAGAGAGAUUACUGUUGAGGAUUUGCUUGCUGCUGAUACUUAUCAACAUGGUUUCAUCAGUAAAUCAGAGUAUAUUGUGUUGAAGCUUAAGGAAAUGGGGAAGGUCAGUGAUAAAGACAUUAACCAAGUUGUGAAUCAGUUUGAUAAACUUGAUCCUAAUAACUUGGGGAAAAUCACAUUACCUGAUCUUUUGGGAGGUCCUUUGUGAUAUAAAACAUACUUUAUUUUUCCUUCUUGUACAAUUAUCUUUUUUUUUUCAUUUUUCUAAAGAAGAACUGAACAUAUGUAGCAGCACUGAUUCAUACAAAGAGUUAUGUCUCAGUUCACUAGAGAUAAUGUAAAUGUGUAUUCUUUUAUCCUGUGUAUAAAACUGUGACAAUGUCAAUACUCAAA